CGCAAGACUUGGAGAUUCGCAGUAGUAUUAGUAUUACCGCGCGACCACGAACUCGCGCCGUUGUCUAAUCCUAUACCCGUGUACCAGCUCUUCUCCACCGCUCUUCUCCUUUCUCUCGAUCGUGAUCCCUAAAAAAGUGUCUGAAUCAAUGAAGAUUUGAAUUUUGUGGAAAUUCAUUGGUACCACUGAGGGAUUGCUGGUCCGGUUUGGGCUGGCUUCAGCUAUCCAACACGGCUUUAAGAAACAAAACCCGUAUUAGAAUCAGUAGGGGAAGAGAAUGCUUACAAGGUUUCCCUAAGUUCCUGAUUGCUUCCCCUUCUUUCCACGGUGGUCGGGGUGCCCUACCUUCAGCUGGCGGGCAUCCUUCAGAUCUAACUUUCCUUGCUGGUGGUGGUUCAGAAGUUUGAUCAGGCUCGUACGAUCUAGCUUUAGAAAAACUAGCAAACUACGUAAGUUUUUUGUUGUAUAUAUCAGUAUGGUGUCAGCCAAGCAGCUUGAAGGUGGUUACUCUUUUGUGAAGGCGAAUAGUGGUAAUGAGCCGUUGAAAUGUCAUAUUGUGCCUACAAAAGGAACUAAGGUGGUGCUCUAUCAAUUAACGGCAUCUCUUGCUAGAGGACUUGCUGCAUGUGAUGGUCUUUCAAUUAAUGAAGAGGCAAAGCAGAGUUUGCUUGGUGCCCUCCUACUUGCUCAGUGGGAAGACUGCUCAUGGAAUGGCCAGUUCGACUAUGAUGUAACAAGCUGUGAAACAAAGGUGAUUUGUGGUGGGAAGAAAUUUUUUGCUCAGUUGAAUGAGAAAUGGAAUUCAAACUCAUCAACACCAAUUGAGAACCAAGUCAUCCAACCUCUGGGACCUUCAACAAGAAAAAAUGUAAAAAUCCACACAGAGGAUAUACUUCUGUGCAUUGCCAGGGGAGAAAAUGAGAGCUCGGUGCUUAUGUCUUCAGCUAUGGUGCCACAAGAUGGAACUCUGGUCAUUAUUAAUCCCAAUCCGAUAGAGUAUGGCCAUGUGUACUUGGUUCCAUAUGAUUUCUGUCAUCAGGUGAAGAUGUUGGACAAAAGAUCAUUGGAAUACAUCACCCAAAUAGCUGUUGAGGUUGCAGACUGCUCCUUCCGUGUGUUCUAUGAACACGUACCUUUAGCAAAUCCAGUUGCUGCAUGUUUUCAGGCUAAUUUCUUUGAAAAUGCAUUGCCCGUGGAACUUCUUGAAUUAGCCCCUGUUUACGGUAAUGUGCUUGACAAAGGGGUGCACAUAUGCGAGGUUACUGGAUAUCCACUGAAAACCUUAACCUUCACGAGCAAUGAAAACCUAAAGCUGCUCAUUACAGUCGUAAUGGAGAUUUGCUCCGUCUUAGAAGAACGCAAUGCUGUGUUCAGUUUGCUCAUUACAGAUUGCGGCAGAAAAAUUUUCUUGUUUCCUCAGGCCCAAUCUUCGUCUACAGUCCACUUAUCUGCUUGGGAAUGCGCAGGCUACUUCGUAUUCAAGAAGGCAUUGGAAUUUGACAACACAUCCGAGGAUGAAAUCUCCAAGAUCUUGGCUUCUGUUUCACUUGAUGAUGGAGCUUUCCUGGCUCUGAAACAGUUAUGCGGUAGUAUUUCAAAUAAACUUGUAUCUUGAGACAAAAAAACUCAUUAUUCAUCUCUCAUCUCAAUUCAGUGUCCUGUGGUCUGUGUUGUGAUUGUGUAUAUCCAGCAGCAUUACAACUUUGAAAUCUAUGCUUCCUCGUUAUGUAAUGAGAUACUUUUUUUAA